AUGGACUACACGAUGGAAGACACCCAGAACUCGGCGCCCGAUGCGCUGGAAGCUACCAAGCUGAAUUCCUCCACCCAGCGAAAUGACACGCAGAGCGUGACCAAGCGUCUGCAGGCGGAGCUGAUGCAGCUCAUGCUCUCACCCUCGCCGGGCAUCUCUGCCUUCCCCGACGCCGAUGGGAACCUUCUUUCAUGGACGGCAACUAUCACUGGCCCGACCGAGACCCCCUAUGAGGGUCUAACUCUCAAGCUCUCCUUCGCCUUCCCCAACAACUACCCCUACUCGCCGCCAACAGUCCUCUUCAAGACUCCCAUCUAUCACCCCAACGUCGACUUUUCCGGCCGGAUCUGUUUGGAUAUCCUCAAGGACAAAUGGAGCGCAGUUUAUAACGUACAGAGCGUCCUGCUGAGUCUGCAGAGUCUCCUGGGCGAGCCAAAUAACGCGAGCCCGCUGAAUGCGCAAGCUGCGGAGCUCUGGGACUCCGAUCAAGAAGAAUUCAAGCGCCAUGUCCUGGCUCGACACCGUGAUCUCGAUGACGAAUAG